GUCCAGAAAUACUUUCGGAAACUCCUUGUCGCAGAACACAUUUCUGUGAUUUUUAGUCCAAACCCAGAAAUGGCCGUCGCAAGAGGAGGCGUCUGGUAUGCCACCCAGAACACCCCUCUUUUGGUCGAAUGCCCUCGACACUAUGGCGUCGCUAAACCGGGUGACAAUACAAUCAACUGGGUGCUACACAAAGGGCACCGAUACGCGACUGGUCACACCACACAGGUGCAAUUACGCCAUAUAUACAAGGCAACAGAUCCCGAAUCAGUCCUGAUUUCCGUGUGUGGGUAUAACGGAACUUGCAGCCCAAUUUCUUUUUCCGAUGGUGUGGAAAUACUUGGAAUGUUCGUACUUGAUCUCUCAAAGUUGAAUUUGGCUCAAUUCUGGCAUCGGGAAGAUGACCAUGGGAGGACCGAGUAUUCCAUCAAGUUCACGUUGGAGUUCGAAUGCGAUGUUAGCAGGAGUGCGCUUUAUGUUAGGGCGCUCAGGCCAGAUGGUUGUUUGGUCGGAGAGGAGAUGAAGCUGCCGGUUAAGCUCACGUUUCACUGAUUGGCCUUUCUAUCACGUUUCUCUCUAUUUUUACUCUAUUUUCCUACGUCUGAAUGGCUUAUGUGCCUGUUAAUGAUUGCCUUUCGGUCAUAUUUUCAUUUCCAUUCUCAAACGCAGACUGUCUGUUCUUUUUCUUUCGUUUUCUUUCCGCUGCUGUUCUUUUCCUAAAGGGGUUUUGCUAGAUCCAAU